CCCCUCGCCAGUGACAAAUCUGUAAAUACGUUGGAUACCUAGGGGCAGUCGUGAAAGCCCACAUGCAUAUAAAGCCCGGCGCCCCCUACUUUCCAUCUCGUAAGGCAAAUCUUUUCUUUCUUUGCAGUUUACCCUGAAAAUGGGAGGAGGGGUCACGGCUUGUUUUGCGGCGGUGCUGCUGCUGCUGUCGGCCACCAGCAGCUGCCUUGCCUCGGCGGCCUUCAAGGACGGAUUAUUACCCAAUGGCAACUUCGAACACGGACCGAAGCCAUCUGACCUGAAGGGCACGGUCGUGGUUGGCGGCAAGCAUGCCAUCCCGCACUGGGAGAUCUCAGGCUUCAUAGAGUACAUAAGGUCGGGACAGAAACAGGGUGACAUGCUUCUAGUCGUCCCGGAAGGCGCAUUUGCUUUAAGACUAGGGAAUGAGGCAUCCAUAAAGCAGUGGCUUCGAGUGGUGAGGGGGAUGUACUACUCGAUCACAUUCAGCGCGGCUCGCACAUGUGCACAGGAUGAGCGGCUGAACAUAUCGGUCGCACCUGACCAAGGUGUGAUACCAAUGCAGACAUUGUAUAGCAGCAGCGGGUGGGACUCAUACGCAUGGGCAUUCCAGGCCGAAUUCGAGGUGGCGGAGAUCCUGAUACACAAUCCUGGGGUUGAGGAAGAUCCGGCUUGUGGACCAUUGAUCGACUCGGUGGCCGUUAAGGCUCUGUAUCCUCCUAGGGCAACCAACAAAAACCUGUUGAAGAAUGGUGACUUUGAAGAAGGUCCCUACUUGUUCCCGAACACUUCAUGGGGAGUCCUAAUGCCACCAAACAUCGAAGACGAUCACUCCCCAUUGCCGGGGUGGAUGAUUGAGUCCCUAAAAGCAGUCAAGUACAUAGACUCCGCCCACUUCUCCGUUCCACAGGGUAAGAGAGCGGUCGAGCUGCUGGCAGGCAAGGAGAGCGCCAUUGCCCAAAUAGCACGAACCAUCCCAGGCAAGACCUACGACCUGACAUUUUCUGUAGGUGAUGCGAGCAACUCGUGCGCGGGAUCAAUGAUUGUCGAGGCAUUCGCCGGGAGGGACACGCUCAAAGUGCCCUAUGAGUCGAAGGGCAAGGGUGGGUUCAAGAGGGCUGUCCUCAGGUUCAAGGCUGUCUCGACCAGGACAAGGAUCAUGUUCUAUAGCACUUUCUAUACAAUGAGGAGUGACGACUUCGCGUCUCUGUGCGGGCCCAUCGUCGACGACGUGAAGCUUUUGAGCCUUAGGAACCCAAGAAUGGCGUGACAUGGUGGUAUAUGGAAAGACAAGAAUGGUUGUUUUAUGGGGAGUUGAUAUCACAAAUGAGUUUGCAAAGAAAUAAAAGCACAGAACGAAAAGUAGAAAGUAACACUAGAGGAGAAAAUACAAACUGUAGUUGCUAGGUAGCUACUGUUAAUUUGCUCACUUUGUGUUCGAUGUGCAAAAUAAAAAAAAAAACUCAAGUUUCGUUUA